UGAUUCCCCCAUUCUAUUUUCAUUCUGUUUGUUAUGCUAACAUCACAUCAAGACAAGUAUUAAUUUUUUUUUACAAAAUGUCUUGUAUCCCAUUAAUAAUAUUAAUUUUUUCACAAAUUCUUCUGAGUUCAAAUGCAGAAAACGACUUCAAUAUAGAACAUUUGUUUAGAGAAUCUCAUUGUAUACCACAGCCGACUGAAGACGUAUUUACAGAUUAUCUGUCGAAAAUCCAAGCGCAAGGUGAAGAAUUAUUUAUUUCAGCUGAAAGUACAGGAACAAAAGAUCUAAAUGCCAAUAGAAAUUACAGAUCAGAAGUGAAUUUAUUAGUUCAAUAUAACAAAAUAGAUUUUUCAUACAAAGUGGAGGAUGAAAAGGCUACCCCUGACAAGAUUUUCAAUAUAUCCCUCCUUCUUGGGGACGAAAUAUACUAUGGUAUAGGCAAAUCUAAAAAAGAAGCUAAAGAAAUGGCCUCAAAGCAAGCUUUAGAGAAUACAAGUUAUCAGAAACCAAACAUGAAAAUGAAAAAUCAUGGGUCACUCGAUGAAAAUCUUCCUCCUACCGUUCGUCUGAAUAAUAUAGGCUUGAAACUUGGCUAUCUAAUACAAUAUUAUAUGGUUGAUGUUAAGUUAUCAAAAAGAAUAAUUAACUUGGAACUAAUGAAAGAUGGUUUUCAAUUCACUAAUACAACAUUUUGGAAAGUUUCUGCUAAUUUGGAUGAACCUCCUAAAAGUCCAUUCAAUGUUGAGGUGUAUGUAGAAGGCAAGAGUUUUUAUGGUAAGGCACACAGCAUUCAAUCCGCAAAACAUGAAGCAGCUUCGAAAGCUCUGAAAUAUUUGGAGGAAAAAGGUCUGGACAAAAACAGUGUGUGUACUACUAAAGGUUAUGAGGUUGAAUGUGAGGAAGUCAAAGGAAAAUUAAAAUCUCCAAUUAGCAUUCUGUAUGAAUAUGCCAUGAUAAAUAGACUUAAUUUGGAAUUCAAUGAACUGAAGAAAUUAGGACCCCCUCAUAAACCUAUUUUUGAAAUGGAAUGCGUCUUAGGUUCUGAAAAAGUUACAGCCAGAGGAAAAUCAAAGAAGGAGACAAAAAGAAUACUUUCUGAGAAGAUGCUCCAAAAAUUACCUGAAUUAGAUUUAUCGGUUGGUUUAUAUGAUGACAAUACAGAGACUCAUACCUCCAAGUUGAAGAAAAGAAAAAAUAACUUGGUUAAUUCUGUUGCUGAAGUUUUAGGCAAUAUUGGAAAUUAUUUUGGCUCAGAUGACGGGGUAUCAGGAGGCAACUCGAAUGAAUUUGAUGAUACAGGAAAUGAUAAAUCCAACAAAAAAAAAAGAAAAUCCAACAAAAAUAUCGAAAGUACUUGGUCGCCCAAGGAAAAGCUAGUGGAGUCAGGGAAAGCACUCAAUUUAAAUAUAAAAUUUUACACUGUCCCGAAAGAAAAAUCAGGAUUUUAUACUCUAUUAAGUUUAGAUAUCGAUCCUUCACAUAUUUGUUUGGGCAUUGGAGCGAAUUCAGAAAUAUCACAAGAAUAUGCUGCUCUCAACGCUUUGAAAUUUCUUCAGAGACUUGAUGUUUUAGAAGCGGUAGAAGAGGAUGAUUUGAAUAUAGAGCGGUUUUCCUUCGACAACUACAUUUGGUUAACAAAGGAUCACGAUCACACUAAGGUUUAGACUCGUCAAGGAUCACACUGAAGAAUUUGAGUUUUUUU